CUUUUUUUCUCCCUUUUUUUAUUUUAAAAUAAAAUUCAUAUUAAUUGGUAAUUGAAUUCCAAUCAAUGUUUAUCAGUUCAUGGAUUUUGAUUGAAACCCUAGAAAUUCAUCAGAAUUCAAUCGAGAAGAACACGCGAAAACGAUCUUUUCUUGAUGUCUCUGCUGAAUUCUCUGCGAUUUUUGGCUUCGAUUGAUCCAUAAAAUUCCGGCGAAGUUUGCGGGAAUUCGGAUAAUGGCGGCGCCGUCGUCGUUGUCGUCAUCGGAGAAGGAAUCCAUGGAGCAAUACGUCACCGAGUUCUUCUCCAAGAGCUUCCACACAAUUCUCGAUUCUCGAUCUCCAUCGUCGUCUUCGCCGUCGUCGAGUGCUCGGAGGCGCGAGGAUUGGUUCAAUCUGCAACUCAGAGGGCAACCAGCGGAGCUUGAUAAGAUCAAGCAAUGGCGGAGGAGAAAAGCUGAGAUUUUGGUCGUUGACGUCGUCCUCAGGCGCAAUCAGCGGCAUCUUGAGCAUGAGAAGGUUGUGGAGCGAUGGAGUAUCAAGCAUGAGAUUAGAGAGGUUGUUGGUUGCUGUAUUGAUGUGGCAGCAGUGUACGGGAAGGUCUACAAGAAGUCGAUCGUCGUGCUUCGAUCUCUCUACGCCACCGCGAGGAUGCUCCCGGCUUACAAGCUCUUCCGGGAGCUCAGCUCUUCAAGCCGGUGUGGCGUUGGUCUCUCCCUUAGAGUUUCGCCAUUCAUGGAGCCUUUCACUCGGGAAGAGGAAGCAGAGAUGGAGAGGUUUAGCUUCAAUCCAGUUGACACUCCCUUUGGGAGGCUCUCCUUGGUCGUCUCUUACCUCCCGACAUUGGAAGAUGUGAGCUUGGAGCCUCCUCCUCGUAUGGUUACUGAAUUGAUCCCUGAUUAUGUUGGCAGCCCUGCUACUGAUCCUUUCAAGAGAUUCAAUUCUUUGCCUUCUUCUCCACAUCCAUGUGUUCUGUUUCAAAAUGAGUUAUUGCGCACUGAGAGUGCUCCAGUUUGUAGCCAUGGUUUGCCUCCUUCUCCUUCAAUGGGCAAGGGUAACAAGGAGUUGUUGAGAAUGGGGGGUUUCCAGAUUGGCAUUGCCCUCCAAAAGGCAUUAUCUUUGGGGAUAGAUGGAGUUGGAAAGCUGCAUAGACUGAAGAUACCAUCUUGCAGUUUAGUAAGAAAUUUAUCUUCUAGAAGCUUUAGCAAGUUAUCUGUUUUGAAUGAUGUGGCAGAUAUCGAUUGCCCUUUUGCCUUGGAGGUUAAAGAAGAUAUCGAUGCAUCGUCCAAGAGGAUUGAAUCACCCGACGGAAAAAGGGUUGACGGGCCAUUAACUAUCACAAAGUCCGAAGAUGCUUCUAUUGGCACCCUUCUACAAAUGCUAAAAACUGCAGCACCAUUGAACAAAGAUCUUUCCAAGCCCAACAUCACAUCUUCUCAAGCCUUGAAAGUUGAAACUAGGAGCCUAAGGGUUGAACAAAACAAAGACAUGUACAACCGGGGUAUAAAGCUCGGCAAUCCUGGCUCUAUUUCAAGGAUUUUCAAAUCAAGAACCACUGCAGAUGCAUUAGAUGAGCUGCAGAACUUCAAAGAGAUAAAGAAUUUGCUAUUACGGCGGGGAGGAUGUCGGAUAUUAAAUAGAACACAUUCUCCGAAAUCUACUUCCAUGAACUAAUCUUAUUAUUGCCAAUUUUAUUGUGUAUAUGAACUAGGCAUUCUUUGUGACUCACCAAGGUCGCGAAAUCUAUUUGUUUUUGUUGUUUCUUUCUUUUUUAUUAUAAUCAUAGAUCGAUAUACGGAUGUAAUUAUGA